AUGUCCUUCCUCCAAGCCGCCCCCGAACCAACAACCCCGCUAGGCCGCCUCCGCGUCCUCUCCACCACGGCCGGGGUGCGCGUCUCCCCCCUCCAACUAGGCGGCAUGUCCAUCGGCAACGCCUGGUCCAGCUUCAUGGGCAGCAUGGACAAAGCGCAAGCAUUCUCCCUCCUCGACGCCUUCGUCGCCGCCGGGGGAAACUUCAUCGACACGUCCAACAACUACCAAGACGAGCAAUCGGAGCGCUGGAUCGGGGAGUGGAUGGCGGCGCGCGGGAACCGGGAUAACAUCGUCCUCGCGACCAAGUAUUCCACCGCGUACCGCGACUACGAGGUUGGCGGGAAGAAGGCGUAUGUGAAUUACUCGGGGAACUCGCGGCGGGCGCUGCAUAUGUCGUUGCGGGAUUCGCUGGCGAAAUUGCAAACGGACUGGGUGGAUGUGUUGUAUGUGCAUUGGUGGGACCAGGUUACCUCUGUUGAGGAAGUCAUGGAUAGUCUGCAUGUUCUUGUGCAGCAGGGGAAGGUGUUGUAUUUGGGGAUAUCGAAUGCGCCGGCGUGGGUUGUUGCCGCGGCGAACUGCUACGCGCGCGCGAGUGGCAAGACGCCGUUUAGUAUCUACCAGGGACGGUGGAAUGUGCUGAGGCGGGACCUGGAGAGGGAGAUCUUGCCUAUGGCAAGACAUUUUGGGAUGGCGAUUGCGCCGUGGGAUUCGAUUGGGGGAGGGAAGUUUCAGUCGAAGAGGCAGUUGGAGGCGAGGCAGAAGGCUGGCGAGAGUCUGCGGUCGAUUGGGCCUGUGGCGCAGAGUGAGGAUGAAGUGAGGGUGAGCGAGGCGCUGGAGAAGGUUGCUGCAGAGCAUGGGGUUGAGUCGGUGACGACGAUUGCGCUGGCGUAUGUGAUGUCCAAGGCGCCGUAUGUCUUUCCGGUGGUUGGGGGGAGGAAGAUCGAGCACCUCCAGGACAAUAUCAGAGCGCUGGAUAUCCGGCUUACACAGGCCCAGAUUGACUAUCUGGAGAGCGUCAAGCCGCUGAGUGCAGGGUAUCCAGCUGAUUAUAUUGGGCCAGACCCAAAGGUCACCGGCAAGGCUGGCGGGGUUCUGGCGACGACAGGCCCGAUGGCAUUCGUUCAGUAUCCAAAUGCAAUAGGCAAGCUGUAG